UGGUUCAAUCCACCAGCCCCGGCCGGUUCAGGUACCGACAGCUCCCCGUUCAAAGAGCCUGACCUGCACUUCUCCAAGUCUCCAGCAGAGGGCGCUGAUUCACAGCCACUGUGGCAGUGGCCUGCAGUUCUACAUGUCUCCAGCAGAGGGCAGUGCCGGGCAGGACUCAAACAGGGUGUCCGCGGAAAGUGAAAGUACAGCGCUCAAACACCGUGCCCUCCUCUCUCUGUCCUCUGUGCCCGACACGCUUGUGGAAAAUGGAGAUUAUCACAGAUAUCACACUCAUCGUUAACAAAGUUUGUCUGAAAAAUGAACAACAAAAGAAAGCACUUUCUCGAUACAGACCCAAGGACUGUGGUUCUCACUACAAAGUCAAGGGAAGUCUUGACGAGCUGGACAAGCUUGUAAAAGCACUGCAGGGUUCCAGCGCCCCACCAGGAAGACGGGCGCAGCCGCCGGAUGACGGUGGUUUCUCGCAGGUCCAGCCCGCCCAUGUGUCUCAGCUGGUGAUGGAAUAUAUUGAGCAGAAAUGUGUGGACAGGCUGAAGAAAAUUCAAGGAGACAGUGUGGUGAUGGACAUCCAGCCUGACCCCAUGGUCGGUCACGGCAAAUCCAGCAGGAUGGUGCAGGUGGCGUUUAGACUGCGGCACGACUCGCCCGACCCUGCGACCAGAAUGCGUUGUGUCUGGGCCAGACAGCGGUUCAUCACGUUCUACCAAAGAACCGCGUCUGACUUUGAAAGUGCGUCGUUCCGCUUGAGUCCGCCUGACCAGUCGGCCCUCCAGCAGCGAUUUCCACAGCUUCUUUUUAAACCUGGUGCCAACAAGCAAGAAACAACGGUGAUGGGACCUUUCAGCUACGUCGCGCAGCUGAGGGCGCAACUCUCGCCCAGAACGCAGGGUUCGUUGAAGAGAUCGAGAAGCAGAACUCCAGCAGACACUCAGAGAGGCAGAACCUCGCCGCAGAAAGCCUCCCCUGACCCCGGCAAAGACCCUGAAGAAGAAACCUGCGCAAUCUGCAUGGACAAAAUACUCGCAUCCAACAAGGAGACGCUGAGAUGUAAACACUCGUUCUGCAAAGACUGUCUGAAAACAGCUUUUGCCUACAAGCCCGUGUGUCCCACCUGCGGACAGGUGUUCGGGGUCCUGGAGGGCACGCAGCCUGGGGGAUCGAUGAGCGUCAACAAAAGCUCCACUCCUUUACCCGGAUAUGAAAGCUACGGUUCGAUAGUCAUCGAUUAUCACAUUCCAAGUGGCAUUCAGAAGAGGUAUCAUCCGAACCCCGGUCAGCCGUAUGGAGGAGCGUCCAGGAGGGCCUACCUACCAGACUCUCCGGAGGGCAGGGCCGUGGAAAAGCUGCUGCGGCGAGCGUUCGACCAGAAGCUGAUCUUCACCAUCGGCCGCUCCACCACCACCGGCAGGAACAACGUGGUCACCUGGAACGACAUCCACCACAAAACAUCCAUGCAUGGAGGACCGACUUGCUAUGGAUAUCCAGAUCCAGACUACUUACGCCGAGUCCGAGAUGAGCUCAAGGCCAAGGGGAUUGAAUGACUUCUGCAGUUUGUCACUAAUGAUCCUGAAAGGCCUUCCAGACAUUCCUUAUGAACAUUUUGUCAUUAAAUGUGAACGUUUUGAUAGUUUUGACCUUCUAUUGGAUAAUCUGUCGAUCAGGGGAAAUAGAAUUAAGACCAGUUUGUAUAUCUAGUGUUUUUCUUGAUUUUUUUUUCUUCACUGUAUUAAAUAAUUUGUGUUUUCUGUUCUAGUAAAAUCAUUUGGAGAACUGUUUGAUGUGAACGUUCAAGGUCUUUUUAAGCCGGUGAUGCCCGUCCUGGGGGGUUAAGAACAGCCCACAAGUGGCUCUAUGGCAAAUGGUGAAAGUUUUAAAGAAAGCAUUGAUUGUAUUCAAUUUUUAAUUCUUAGAGUGGCAGACAGAACAGUUAAUGUUUUCUGUGCUUGGUGGCUUGCGCAAUUUCAAUUUGACAUUUAACUCUGGCGAAUCAUACUGUCUGUAUUUUUGAUUGAAUAAUUUAAUCUUCAGAUGAUCACUGCAGUGUGGACAUUCAAUCCAAACAGGAAUUAAUCAAGAAACGUCUUCCUCUUUUACUCCGAGUGAAGUAGUGUUUGCAUUAAAACCACUUUUUAAAUGUGAGGUGGAAUUAU